AAGGUCACCAAUGGAGUUAUAUUGUACCUACAGUUGGGAAGCAAGUCUUUUACAUGAUAUAAGACAGAACUGUGUGUAGCUGCUGAGACGAAUACAUACCUCCCCUGCAAUGGCAGGCAUGGGCUGUAGGACUUUACUAUUACUUUUUUUCAUACUGGAAGGCUUUAUCCAACCUCGGCAAGCACAAUGGCUGAUAUUUGGUGGAAACGUUAAAAAGGAGACCACAACCGCUCAACCUCAAGCUAUUGAGGAUACAGAUGAAGACUUUGCUGAAAAUGACUAUGAUGAUAUUGAACUCGAACAAGGACUACCUUCUCAUGGACCAGGAUCAACUCAUCCUACUGAGUUACCUAAAAAUACUAAACAGACGAGAGGCCCAACUGAGCCUAGAGACCUGUCUUCAGCCAAGACGGAAACAACACACGCUAAGAGGGUUCCUGCAGAUCUUCCAGACACAGCAGAUGAGAUUUUAGAUUUUCUACAGAAGGAGGAGGAGGAUGUAGAAGAUGUGUGGCACGAAAAAGAACAUCACACUCCUUCUUCUAUUCAACCACAAGAAAUGGAAAUAAUAGCGAAGACAACUCAACCUACCACUCAUAAAAAGACAACCCAUUUAGAAACAUCUAAAUUCAUUCAACCACAAGAAAUGGAAAUAAUAGAGAAGACAACUCAACCUACCACUCAUAAAAAGACAACCCACCCACUAGCACCUAAAUCCCAAGAGGCAGACCAUGUGGAAAUGGAGUUUGAAACAAAAGAAUCCACUACAGCAUUGUCAUCUUCCUCAUCAUCAUCCACCGCGGCUUCAGACGAUCUCCAUAAAAUUGUUAAGGAAGAUUUCACUACUCACAAGAAAACAAACAGAGGGGACCUUGGAUCUCUACCAAACACAAAACAUGCAGAUCCCACAAUAUUUGAAAUAAUUGAGGGCAUGCUUGGAACAGUUGAGGGUCAGACAAGUUCAGAAAAGAGCAAUUUCUCACAGUGCACCUGCCCUGCAUUACCAGGACCGCCAGGACCAAAGGGGGAAAGAGGAGAUGAUGGUUUCCCAGGACUUCCAGGUAGCCCAGGACGCAUUGGGGAGAGAGGACUAGUGGGUCUCCCUGGCCCACCAGGUCCACAAGGGCUACCUGGUCCACAAGGAAUUCCAGGGUCUCCUGGAACCACAACUAUGAUUAAUGGUCUGGAUAAAGAAAAUACGGUUCAGAUAAUUAGUGGCCCUCCAGGACCUGAGGGACCACCUGGACCUCCAGGUACCAAUGGAUAUCCAGGACCACAAGGACAUGAAGGCUUCCAGGGUCCAUCUGGCCCUCCAGGGCUUCCAGGUCCCCCAGGACAUUCAGGGUCUCCAGGAUCUCAAGGGCCUAGAGGAGACCAGGGACCUGAGGGAAUACCAGGUCCAAGAGGAUUUCCAGGUCCACCAGGGACACAAGGUUUUGAAGGCCCACCAGGUUCAGAAGGCAUGAGGGGACCAGAAGGGCCCAAUGGACCACCAGGACCACAGGGCCCCCAAGGUUCCCAGGGGCUACCAGGGCCAGAAGGCAAUCCUGGAAUUGCAGGCCUGCCUGGUAUGCCAGGUGUAGAGGGGCCUCAAGGAUUGCCAGGACCUAGGGGAGAAGAAGGAUCUCCUGGAAUGCCGGGACUACCUGGUCUAAAGGGAGAAAAGGGGGACACAGGGGAACUAGGUCUUCCAGGAAUCAGAGGACUAUCUGGUGAAAAGGGGGAACAAGGUCCUCCAGGACCACCAGGGCUACCAGGGCAGGCGGACAUCACAUGCUGCAAAGGGGGUGUUAUUGCUGCAUCUCCUGCAGUAUUUGUAGAGGUCCCUGGCCCUGCAGGACCAAAGGGAGAAAAGGGAGAUCCGGGAGAGGGUUGUGGUGUCUGUAAUGGAAAAAGUGUGAUCUCAGGACCUCCUGGUCCUGCAGGGCCACCAGGUCCACCAGGUCUUCCAGGGCCUCCCAGCACACCAGGUCCAAACCUCUCACCCAUAUACCAGAAUGGUAAAUCUGAGCUGUAUGGAUCUCUGGCCUUUGCGGGUCUUCCUGGAAAUCCUGGUCCCCCUGGAUCCCCCGGUCCUCCUGGCCCUCCAGGAGUCGUAUACCUCAAUAGAGUGUUCCCUGUCCCCCCUCGUCCACACUGCAAGCAGACGGUUCCUGAAGAAGAACACAAAGAUACAGGCUCUACUCCAGUUCAGAAGAAUCAUUAUCAGAAGGUUCAGAGUUGGGUGUUUGAAACGAAAGAUGAACUGUAUCAGGCCUGGGACGAGGUGGUCGAGGGCAGUUUGGUUUAUGUCAAGCAAGACGGGAGUGCCUUCUUUAGGACUGCUGUGGGAUGGAGUAAGAUUAUACUGGAAGAAUCUGAGCCCGCCUUUCCAGCAGACGAUCCUUCUGUGCCAGAAGAUCUAGUGGAUGCGGAUAAUAAAGAAAUACUAGAUAUUUUACCAGUGUUGCCAAUACCCAGCAUCACCCCAAGGAUCCCCUCGCUCCGCCUGGUAGCACUUAAUGUUCCUCUGUCUGGAGAUAUGAUUGGAAUUCGUGGGGCUGACCUUCAGUGUCAUCGCCAAGCCCAGGAGAUGGCCCUCUAUGGGACAUUCAGAGCCAUCCUUGCUUCCUCCACCCAAUCUCUGAUCUCAAUAGUGAAAAAGACACACAGAAGUCUUCCUAUAGUGAAUCUGAAGGGUGAAGGCAUUUUUCGGAACUGGAUCUCUUUUUUUGAUAGUAAAUUAGCUCCUCAAAAAUCUGAUGUCCCAAUCUACUCUUUUAAUGGAAGAAAUAUAUUAACUGAUCCGGUCUGGUCAGAGAAGUCCUUCUGGCAUGGAUCCAGCCAAAGGGGGACAACCAUACGUAACCGGAACUGCAAAGAAUGGAGAAGCCACACAAACGCAGAAGGCUUGGCUUCGCCGACUACAGGGCACUGGCUUAAGGAAAACAACUCCUUUAGUUGUAGCCAACCAUUAGCUGUUCUGUGCAUUGAAAUAGCCUUUCCUUAUUACGAUAUGUGGUGAGCACAGAGCACCAGAAGACUGUACAAUCCAUGUGUUAUUUCUUGAAUGAAAGGAAAAACUCUUUUCCUGGGUGCUAAAAGACUGAUAAUAGUUACUUAAAAGCCAGAAAAUCACUCAACCAUAUGUAUACAUAGGUGUAUGUUACUACUUAGUGUAAAUCUGUCGCAUGUAAAACAAUAUCAGAGUGUUGUAGAGAAAAGUGAAUUCAUAACCAGCCAUAACUGGUAAUCAGCAGUUUCUUCGCCUUCCAUUUAAAUUUCUGAUAUUAUAGGUAGAAGCUAGUUAGGAGCUUUUGAGGUGGUUCUAUAUGUGGUCAUUCUGGCUACACUUAGUUAUUUUAGAAUAACAUUGUGCUAUUAAUAAGGGCGAAAAAGUUGUUGAAAGCAUGUUACUUUAUAUCCUUAUACGCAACAGCCUGAUAACAUUAGGCCAUAAUAGACAUUGUAUAAAACUAGAAUUUCUACUUCCUGGCUCUGUAUCUGGUGGCACUCAAAGCGCUGACCCCAUUUUGGAUUGGUAUGUUUUCUUAGGCCCCUUCCACAUUGGGCGGAUCCACUUGCAGCGGUCCGCCAGCUUAGUGGAAGAUCUCUCCGUUGAUCUCUGCUGAGCCGGUGGAUGACAGGUCCCUCUCUGCUCAC